GAACUAUUGCUACUAACAAGCCUCAGGCUCCGGGACGCGAUCCGGGCCUCUUUCUCCUCCGCUAGAAUCUGUGGGGUGGUAAUUCCUCUGAUAACUUGAUGCCUGUUAUGGCUUCAGCCUUGUUGUAAGUCUGUUUUGCAUUCUCCCAUUCAUCUGGUGUCAACACCUUAUAACGGGCUGAUCCCGGCUGAUUCUUCCGCGGAGGAGCACUGUUGCUUGGAUCAUGUCUAGGACACAGGCAGGACAAGCCUUACAUAUCUUUCUCCCCUUCAAGCGUCCCAUCAACCCUUUUUAGACCUGGCAGGGACGCCAUGGAUACCUGGUAACCACUUCCUCACACUGGCACACAGACGACACUUUUGUAAUCACUCUUCAUGCUUGCUCCAAGCAGUGUCUUUUUCUUUUCUGCACAGUUGAUAAAUUCUCCAGCCGCGUAUAGGGUCGCCGCCGUUUGAAGUAUUGGUAGCAUACCAAGGAGGUCUCGUUGGACUGUACACGAUGACAUCGUGCCCGCGCUGUUUGAAGGGCCAACACUACCUCGAAAUCCGUUUACUCCAUCAUCAAAUGUCUCUUUAAACCAUCAACAGACCACAUCUUUGGACCUUUACAAUCAAAACAUAGCACUACCACUAGCCAAACCGUCCCAGGGGAAGCAAGCCUGGAGCUGGACUUGAGGACAGGGGAAGACCUGUGGUACUAGACCAACACUUCCAACAGACACUAUUCUGGCCCUGCUAGUCAUGGGUUCGAGGAGAAAGAAGAAAGCCCCUCAAAAAGACACGAGUACUCCGGCCCCCAAGACAAUUGCUUGCGCGAACUGUGGAGACUCCAUCAUCGUCCCCAAGCAAUGCAAACAUGGCAAGAAACUCGUCAAUUGCCAGGGUACUGGCUGCUCUACGGCCCACAUCAUGGACCACAACAAACAAUGUCAAUACCAAGGUACCAAAGUACAUGGCAAAAAGGCCUGCAAGCAACCGGACGUCAUCAACAAGCAACGCGAGGUAUCGAGCUUGCUAUUGUUGCAGGAACUCAAUAAUGUGGAGAAGAUCAGAGGCAAAGAGAUGAGAUACUUCGAUGGGAUCCCCAAGGCGGAAUUUCUGCGCAGCGUCAACACGAUGAGCCUUGACCAAGCGAUAAUGGUCGGUCGACGACUGAAGGAAGUAGCUCAGGGCACACUCGACCCGGUCCGGGCUAUGUAUGACGAUGACGACAGUGAUUCGGACGAAGACCCGUGCAAGACACCACCAGAGGAAGAUCAAGGCCUGUGAGACAUGCGAGGCGAGAUGAUACCGACCAGUUGGGGAGGAAUUGGCAUGCUACCAGCGGUGGAGAGUGUUGCAAUUGAUGCCAUACUUGCCAGGACGGACUUCUCGAUAGCUAGUGAUAGAAUGAGCCAGUCUGGAGUAUCACGGAUUCAUGACGCUUUUCCGGAUCGCUCAGCGGCAUGUCCUAGCAAUUACUUCACCACCGAAGCCUCUCUCAGAAUAUGUACAAUUCCUCAAACUCUAGCCAUAGCCAUCCGUGUGGUCUAGAGCGGAGCCGCAAAUGCCGCUGCAAAACAGAUAUGAUGACACCGAGCACUCCAAGGCACUGAGCGAGCUUUGCCAAUACGAGCCAUUAAACAUGUGGUCAUGAGGGCUGCUUAGCUCCGUCCUUUCUAAUGCCGACGUCUUUCUCCC